CGAUUUUUUUCUAUUUGUAACGCAUUGUUGUUCUGAGAGCUAGCUAGCUGCCUCUUCUAUGCUCUUGAUCUUCUUGUUCUGCAAUUCUAGACUCCGUCAUCAUCAUGUCUUCUCAAGAGGUAUUAGAUUGGUCUCUGGUGCAAGCUUCAACAGACUCGGUGCAGGCCCAUGAGCGACUUUACUAUGAGAUAAAGUCGAAACUGAAAGACCAUCAGGAAACGGUUACUGAAUGUUUAGCUGUACUGAAUCGUUUGAGGGAUGUCAAGAGUCAAAUGGAGGGUACAUACUUCAAGUAUCAGCCCCUUGCCCUCAAUGCUGACAAACUCACAGCUCUGAAGUACCAGGUCACAGCGCACACACCUUCCACUCUUCUCGAGACCCACAAAGCUAAAAUGGCUGAAGCAAUAGUAGAGUUGUUUCAAACCCAAGUCAAGAGUGUGCUGUAUGCGUGUGUGCUAACGUGCCCGUGGUGUGCUGGUGCUCAGAGUGAGGUGUCAGCACAGGCUAGAGACACACUGCUCUAUGUGGUGUAUGUUGGCUCCGAUGAACAGUUUUUUUCUCUGGCCACACCCCACGAACGAGAGCUAGCUGAAACUAUCGACCAGGGAGUUGUUUUUGCAGCAGAUGUAAGACACUUCUGCUCCCAGUUGCUGAGAGGAAAUGUUAGAGCUGUAGAGGCAUUGUGUGUUCCUCCUGAGUGUGUGGUGAUGGCCACACCCACUUGGUUCGGACUUGUGGGACAGCUCAACCCCGGACACUUGCUGGGCAAGUCGUUUGUUGAUCGAUGCCUGGGUCAGGCUGUAGGUGCUCUAAUUAAGAAGAAGAAGGUUAGGGGUCGACUGGCGCUCAGGGACGAUAUCAACGUCUUCAAAUUUUGUGACUCUUUCAGACUGCUUAACUAUGUGGAGUGUGUUAAGGAGAAAGUGCCUAUCUCAGUCUGGACGACAGACGUUGUGUCUGCUAGCCCUUACCCUCGUGCACAUGAGGUCAUGGAGCUCCUCACUAAAGUAUUGGAUGGUGUAUUUGAUCGAGAGGGGCUGCUGAAGUGUGUGCUUUCAUGGAAAGAAUGUUUGGAGCAAGUCAAGACUGUUAAUCACGGUGACCUUUGGACCCCUAUGCUCGGCGAGUGGCUAAGCCAAGUGAGACUUGACGGGGUAGUUUUGUCACCACCCAUCGAACCAGAGGAUGCUGAUAAGGUCCGACUUGGCUCUUUGUUGAAGGAAAUAGGCAUGGGUAGCAUACCCCCCUCUGAUGUUCUGGCGGUGUGUGAAGCUGGCAGUCGUCUAUACAAUCUUUCCAUGCCUACUAGUGACACCGACUAUAUAGUGGUGUACAGACACUCCACACAGGAACUCAUCUCAACUCCAAAGAGCCCUAAGGAGUCACAUGACAAUCGAGGUCAGAAGCUAGCUACAGAGGCAGGUGCCUAUGAGGCUCGAAUGUUCUGUGACAUGCUGCUAAAGGGAGCAGUUAAUAUUGUGGAGAUGGUAUUUGCUGGCGACAGUCUAUACUACCGCAGUGACCUCUGGAAGGAACUCACUCAGCACAGGGACAAAUUCAUGUCUGAGGAGGUCAUAUAUCAGUAUCGAGGAUACAUCAAGACACACAUGAAGCUGCAACAGAAGCAUGCUGGAACACCCAGAGAGAAGAAGAUCUUCUACAAUAUUUUCCACAAGUUGCUUAGCUUGGAGGCAUUUGUCGAGGGGAAAGCCCCUGUGGUGAAGUGCUCGGGAGAGGAAAGAGAGUUUAUUAUGUCCAUUAGGAGAGGACCUCUGGAGGGCUCCCUAUCACCCGAGAAGCUUAAAUUGUUGGCAGAUGAAAAACUAUCGGAGAUAGGGGAGAAGCUAAGGGGUCGGAAACAACGCCUGUGUGAGUUUGGUGACUAUAAAAUCCUCCAGAGUUGGCUGUUGUCAGUACGUGGAAUAGAACUGAGAUCAGAACUUAAGAUGGGGUGCAAACCUCUGGCAAUUAUCAGCUAGUUUUAGGCCACAUAGCAUUUGUUUUUAUUACAGCCUGCUGAAACUGGUAGAUUAUUGUUAGCACUUUGCUGAAUUGUUGUACAAUUGGUACCUAGGUUAUUCUUGUACAGGUGCUCGACUUCUAUCUUG